AUGGUGAAGAAACUCCCUUUCAGCUUAUCUUUGACUUGCUUGAACCAGGUGCGCUUAACUGGGAUAGCUACCUUUAUUGGUUCCAUUGACUUGGCAUUCGCUGCUACUGUGCUAGUGAUUCUUCUGACUCGGUAUGGAUCUUUACUGGUGGAGGUCUUCAAUUUUGUUAAAGGAAAGACAAAAACUGGUCAUGUAGUUGACGAUGUGAUCAAAGUUGUUACCGUAGCGGUUAAAAUUGUCGUAGUGGCAGUUCCUGAGGGUCUUCCAUUGGCUGUUACUCUAACCCUUGCCUAUUCAGUGAGGAAAAUGAUGGCAGAUAAGGCUUUGGUGCGGAGCUAUCUACUUGUGAGACAAUGGGUUCUGCCACCACUAUUUGCAGCGAUAAACUGGAAGACUAACGUUGAAUCAGGAUAUGUAGAGCUGCUGAGAAAUUCCAAAGGGAGUCUGCUAAGUCUGAGCUCCUCUGAUGCACAAGGUGGUUUAUUCAGAUCGUCGUCGAGUCGAGGCACUGGGACUGCUCUGUUGAAUCUUAUCUUCUCGUUUAUCAUCAUCUGUUUAGGCAGGUUUCCAUGUAUUUGUGCAUCGGGAGUUUUGUUAAUCAAGUCUACAACUUGGAGCUUCCAUCAUUGGUUGAUUCAGUCUACUCGUAGUCAGAUGAGAGAUGAUCAUAAAUUCCUUUUAAAUGGGUUUGUAAGUAUUUUUUUUGUUCUUUUCAUGAUGGUUAUGUCUACCAACAUAGUUUCGGAAUUUAUGCAGAAAGCUGCUUGGAUCUUUUGCAAUCUGUUGAUUCAUCCUUUCUGGAGUUGAAGUGUGUUUCGCUUAUUGAGUUUCACAUUAUUGGUACUUGUCAUUGGAUGUUUCCCGUCAACAAUAAUGUUCCUCAUCUUCCUAGCUAUGCACGCAUUUUUUCUUAGGCCUGAUCUUUUACUAAGUCUUUAUCAAAGAUAUUCCAGAUUCUCUUUAUAUGAAUUACUUCCCUUCAAUAUAGUCUGCAUAUGUUCUAUGGUUAAUGCUAAUCACUUCUGCUGGAUAUGAAGUCAGUAUUAUGCAUAGGAGUUUGGAUGUUACAUAGUGGAGGUGAAGAGGUCGAUUCCAUAUGUUGGAGAAAUAAGAAUCGGGUUCAACAAGUUGUUGGAUUUUUGGUUUUGUUUUUCUUCUCCCUUAGAGAAACAAAUGUUUUUACUAAACUCCAUGGCUGAAUGACUCAUCAUGGUAAUUCAGCCAUUGAAGCACCAUAGUGAACUUUUAUCAUUCUAGUGUGGAAUUCAUGCACGGUCUACAAGAAAUAUAAUGUUGAAGCCAAUAGCUUGGAAAGACUAUGUUUGAAAACACGAAACUUGUCUCCUUCAA